AUGGAUGUUUCUUCCAGCAGUUCUGACAUAACCAACUUGUUCAAACCCAUAAAGCUGAAGGAAGUGCCACACCUUACACAGUAUGUCCCAAACCUCCAAACUCGGCCCAACCCAUUGGAUCAGAACCCGUACUUUGACACCUCCCGAGUUGAAGGCUUCUACUUGACGCAAUCCGACGUCGUACUCAGCCAAAUCGCCAACGACCUUGACCUCGACCUCGACCUCUCUCCCUCCCCCCGGUUCGCUUACCACCGUGCUGGUCCACGCAAACUCGUGUACUUUGAGCCUUGCGAUGCUCGCGUUGCCAUUGUCACGUGUGGGGGUCUGUGCCCUGGCCUUAACACCGUUAUCAGGGAGCUUGUGGUUGGUUUGUGGGACCUCUAUCGGGUCCGUGAGAUUUUGGGCGUCACAUGCGGGUACAGGGGGUUUUACUCAACCGAACCCAUCCCACUCAACCCUAACCUUGUUCGAGACUGGCACAACAAGGGUGGCACCCUUCUUCACACUUCCAGAGGUGGUUUUGAUCUCCAUAAGAUCGUCGAUGCUAUCCAAAUUCGCCGCUUCAAUCAGGUGUACAUCAUAGGUGGAGAUGGGACCAUGCGAGGGGCUGUGAAGAUAUUUGAUGAAAUCCGACGUCGCAAACUGAAUGUCGCAGUAGUUGGAAUUCCUAAAACCGUGGAUAAUGACGUGGGGAUAAUUGACAGAUCAUUUGGAUUCGAAACAGCAGUUGAAAUGGCUCAGCAAGCAAUCGGUGCUGCACAUGUGGAGGCUGAGAGUGCAGUUAACGGUGUAGGUCUGGUGAAGUUGAUGGGUCGAAGUACGGGUCACAUUGCUCUGUAUGCAACACUCAGCAGCCGUGAUGUUGACUGCUGCCUAAUUCCCGAAAUAGAUUUUUACUUGGAAGGAAAAGGAGGGCUCUUUGAAUUUCUUGACCAACGACUUCGAGAAAAUGGACAUGCAGUGCUUGUAGUUGCUGAGGGUGCUGGCCAGGAUUUAAUACCCAGAAGUGAUUCACAGAAGGAAGAUCGGGAUGAAUCUGGUAACCCAGUCUUCUUAGAUGUUGGUGUGUGGUUGAAGUCAGAGCUAAAAAGGUGGUGGGCCAGGGACCACCCGGAUGAGUUAUUUACGGUGAAAUACAUAGAUCCUACGUACAUGAUUCGUGCAGUCCAUGCAAAUGCUACUGACAACUUGUAUUGUACACUCCUAGCACACUCUGCAAUUCACGGUAUUAUGGCAGGGUAUGCUGGAUUUGUUGCUGGUCCUAUUAAUGGAAACUAUGCAUACAUUCCAUUGGAAGAUGUAGCACGUGCAAAGAACCCUGUUAAUACAAAAGAUCAUAAAUGGUCAUGGGUGAGAUCUGUUACCAACCAGCCUGAUUUUGCAAGGAUCUAG